UUAUAUUACAGACGUGUCAACUUGAGGCAAGGAAUCUUCAAUAUGUAUUGUGGCCAAAUGAAUCAAGGGACAAUUUUUCCAGCAGCAGACUUUAACCCUGCUGAAGAUGCAGAAGUUUUGUUCUCUGCACUACAAGGAAUGGAAUGCAAUAAAGAUGAUCUUAUUGAAGUUUUAACCCAGCGCUGUAAUGCCCAACGGCUCAUUAUUGCUCAGAUCUACAGUGGUUCAUAUGGACAGGAUCUGGUCACUGACCUUAAGGAGAAAUUGUCCGACCAUUUCAAAGAGGUAAUGGUAGGUCUGAUGUAUCCACCAGCCUUUUUUGAUGCUCAUGAACUGCGACAUGCUAUGAAGGGUGCAGGCACAGAUGAAAACUGCUUAAUUGAGAUUCUUGCCUCAAGAACCAACAGUGAGAUCUAUGCGAUUAAUGAAGUCUACAUGAUGCAAUUUGGUGUGCCACUUCAAGAGGAUAUUGAUUCAGAAACAUCUGGACACUUCAGGGAUACCCUAAUGAUACUUGCACAGGGAGCCAGAGAAGAGGGAUAUGAGUAUGAGGAUCCAGCCAUGGCUGCAGAGGAUGCUACGAUUCUUUGGGACGCAUGCCAAGGCGAAUCAGGGGAGCAUAAAAAUAUGCUGCAAGAUAUCCUGUGUAGAAAGAGCUAUCAGCAGUUGUGGAUGGUAAUCUUUCUUGUAGCUUUUCAACAAUUCCAACUUGUAUCUGGCCAAGAUAUUGUGGAUGUAAUCAGAGACUGCUAUGAUGGACACUUUCAGCAAUUACUCAUUGCAAUUAUUCUUUGUGUUAGGGACAAAGCUUCCUAUUUCGCAUACAAGCUCAACAGUGCAAUAUAUGACUUCGGCUUUCAUAACAAAACAGUUAUAAGAAUCUUAAUUUCAAGAAGUGAACUGGAUCUGAUGAAUAUCAAAAGAAGUUACAAGGAGCAAUAUGGAAAUUCUCUACACCAUGAUAUCAGGCAAUAUGCAUCGGGACACUAUGAGGCAGCUCUUUCAGCAAUUUGUACUGGUGAUGCUGAAGAUUAUUAGAUGAAGAAAGAUUCAUAACUCAUUUUAAAUCAACAGUAAAAGUUCUGAAAUCACAAAACCCAAGCCCACUUCAAUCUUCAAUGGAGAUCGAAGAGUCAAAUUAUUUUCUUAAAACAUUGCAAUCAACUGCACAUUACUAAUCAGUAAUAAUAGACAUUCUUUUGUUGAUCAAUAGAGUAUCUAGAAAGAGAAAAAUACUCCAACUCAUUUUAAUACUGUAUCUUAAGUAUAUAAUUGCACAGUUAAUUAAAAGAAUAAUUCUCAUAGUGCAAAAUAGGAUCAACAGAAACAUUUCAACAUUCACUGCCAUGAUCAAUUUAUGAGAUGAGAUGCAUCUAUGAGAUGCACGGCAAGAAUUCACCAAGGCUCCCUACACAGUACCUUCCAAACCCACAAACUUCUACCACCAAGAAGACCAAGAUCAGCAGAUACAUGAGAACACAAUCACCUGCAAGUCCCACUUUAAGCUACACACCAUUCUGAUUUGGAACUAUAUUACCACACCCUCACUACUAAAAUCUUGAGAAUCCAUCUCUAAAAGCCUUGCAAAUAUACAUGGCUUGCAGCAGUUCAAGAAGCCAGGUCCAGGACAGUUAGGCAUGAGCAUUAAAAAUUGACCUAGCCAACAACAUCCAUCCAUGAGCAGUGAAUGAAUGCAAAAAACCUUUUUCAUGAUUAUACAAUAGUUUGAGAUUUUAAAAAUGUAGUUAAAAUUUCAGUGUUCUUAUCUCAAAUGUGGCCACAGAAAUCUUAAUGAAUGUAAGGGUUCCUGAUUAUUCAUUCUGAGCAGCAGAGUAUAUUAUCAAGAGGUUCAGAAAUCUGCUACAAUGCCUUGAUUGCUUUUUGUUUGCUGGUACCUUUGUAGAUCUCCUUACUUCUUCAGUUCUUUUAACAAAAACAGUGCAUUUUAAU